UCCCGAGCCGUGCCACCGCCGCCGCCCUGCCCUGGCCCGUCCGCCGCCCGCGAGCCCCACCGAGCAGCUGCCGCCCGCCAGUCUCUCAGCCUCUCCACCUGUAAGAUGGAUUCCAGCCCAGGUCCGAGGCCCAGACUCUGCCCUCCUGGCCACUGCACACUGUCUCCCCAUGACGGAGAUCCACCUGGAUCCACUGAGUCCCGAGUGGGACUGCCCCCUGGGCUCCAAGGACCUGGAGGAAGAGGAGUGCCCUUGGGGAGGGGGCUCUGGCCUGCCGCCCCCAGGCUGCUUCCCUGGCUCCUGGCGCCACGACGUGGGCCUGGACUGCAAGGGCUCCCCUGAGGGGGCGGAGGCCCAGGCUGGGACUGUGUACUACUAUAGCCUCCUGCAGAGCUGUCUGCAGCAAGCUGGCCUUCCGGAGACCCAGGACCGCAGCCAGGUGCCCCGCACAGGCUGCCCCGGGGCCGAGGUGACCUUGUGCAUUCUCGGAUCCCCCAGCACCUUCCUGUCCGUGCUGCUGGAGGGUGGGGUCCAGAGCCCGGGAAACAUGCUCCUUUGCCUGUCCCCUGCUUGGCUGACGAAGGUGCCAGCACCCGGGCAGCCGGGUGAGGCGGCCCUGCUGGUCUCCAAGGCCGUGAGCUUCCACCCGGGGGGCCUGACAUUCCUGGACGACUUUGUUCCCCCGCGCCGUGCCACCUACUUCUUGGCGGGCCUGGGGCUGGGGUCCUGCUGGGGUCGAGAGGCAGCAGAGCUUGCUCGCGACCUGACCUGCCCCACAGGAGCCUCUGCUGAGCUGGCCCGGCUGCUGGAGGACCGGCUGCUGACGAGGCGAUUGCUGGCCCAGCAGGGUGGUGUGGUCGUGCCAGCUACACUGGCUUUUACCUACAAGCCACCGGUACUGCUGCGGGGAGGGGAUGCCAGCCAGGGACUACGGCUGGUGGAGCUGAGUGGCAAAGAGGGCCAGGAGACGCUGGUGAAGGAGGAAGUGGGGGCCUUUCUCCUCUCCGAGGCCCUGGGUGAUGCUCUGCAGGUGGCUGUGAAGCUCAGCGGCUGGCGCUGGCGGGGGCGGCAGGCGUUGCGUCUGUACCCACGAACAGAGCUGGGUACAGUGGUAGACACGGUGCUGGCGUUACUGGAGAAACUGGAGGAGGAGGAGAGUGUGCUGGUGGAGGCUGUGUGCCCACCUGCCCGGCUGCCCUUCCCAGGCAGUCCCCCACCCGGCCCUGAGCUGGCUGUGCGUAUCUGUGCUGUGGUGUGUCGGACACAGGGCGACAGGCCCCUGCUGAGCAAGGUGGUGUGCGGCGUGGGCCGUGGGGACCGGCCUCUGCGGCACCAGAGCUCCUUGCCGCUGACGCUGGAGGUGGCGCUGGCCCAGUGCGGCCUGGGCGAGGCGGCGCAGGUGGCGGUCGUGCGGCGGCGCGUCAAGGCGGCGGCCGAGGCCGCGCUGGCCGCCGUGCUGGCCCUGGAGACCGGCCUGAGCGCCGAGCAGCGCGGCGGGCGCCGGGCCCGCACUGACUUCCUCGGCGUGGACUUCGCGCUGACGGUGGCCGGGGGCGCGCUGACCCCCGUGGCCCUGGAGCUGAACGGCUGCCUGUGUCUGGAGGCGUGCGGCGCCCUCGAGGGGCUGUGGGCCGCGCCGCGCCGCGGGCCGGCGGCCGAGGCGGCGGCGGCCGCGCCGCUCGUGGAGACGAUGCUGCGGCGCUCGGCGCGCUGCCUCAUGGAGGGCAGGCAGCUGCUGCUGAUCGGCGCGGGCGGCGUCAGCAAGAAGUUCGUGUGGGAGGCGGCGCGCGACUACGGGCUCAAGCUGCACCUGGUGGAGUCGGACCCUAACCACUUUGCGUCCCAGCUGGUGCAGACCUUUAUCCACUUUGACGUGACAGAGCACCGGAGGGAUGAGGAGAAUGCACGGUUGCUGGCGGAGCUGGUGCGGGCACGUGGCCUGCAGCUAGAUGGCUGCUUCUCCUACUGGGACGAUUGCCUGGUGCUCACAGCCUUGCUCUGCCAGGAGUUGGGUCUGCCCUGCAACCCCCCGGCUGCCAUGCGCUUGGCCAAGCAGAAGAGCCGCACCCAGCUGCACCUGUUGCGUCGCCACGGCCCACCCUGGCCUGCACCCUCCCUCCAUGCUGUGCCUUGCUGCCCGCUGGAGAGUGAGGCCGACGUGGAGCGGGCCGUCCGCCAGGUUCCCCUGCCGGGUGUCAUGAAGCUGGAGUUUGGGGCAGGCGCGGUGGGCGUGCGGUUGGUGGAGGACGCACCGCAGUGCCACGAGCACUUUUCCCGGAUCGCUCGCGACCUGCAGGGCGAGGCCGACCACCCUGGCAUUGGGCUGGGCUGGGGCAAUGCCAUGCUGCUGAUGGAGUUCGUUGAGGGCACUGAGCAUGAUGUGGACCUGGUGUUGUUUGGUGGGCGACUGCUGGCUGCCUUUGUCUCCGACAAUGGCCCCACGCGGCUGCCUGGCUUCACUGAGACGGCAGCCUGCAUGCCCACCGGGCUGGCACCGGAGCAGGAGGCACAGCUGGUGCAAGCAGCCUUCCGCUGUUGCCUGGGCUGCGGGCUGCUGGAUGGGGUCUUCAACGUGGAGCUCAAGCUGACCAGGGCUGGGCCAAGGCUCAUCGAGAUCAACCCGCGCAUGGGCGGCUUCUACCUGCGAGACUGGAUCCUGGAGCUCUAUGGUGUGGACCUGUUCCUGGCGGCUGCUAUGGUGGCCUGUGGCCUGCGGCCCGCCUUGCCCACCCACCCACGUGCCCGUGGCCACCUGGUGGGUGUCAUGUGUCUGGUGUCCCAGCACCUGCAGGCGCUGAGUUCCACUGCCAGCCGAGAGACCCUGCAGGGUCUUCACGACCGGGGCCUGCUGCGCUUCAAUCAGCUGGAGGAGGCCCUGGUGCCCGGCGAGUACGAGGAGCCCUACUGCAGCGUGGCCUGUGCUGGGCCCAGUCCCGCUGAGGCCCGCCUCCGCCUGCUGGGCCUCUGCCAGGGCCUGGGCAUCGACGGGCCUCAGUAUCCUGUUGCCCACUUCCUGUCCCACUUCAAAUAGCGCUGGGGCCAGGGGGCAGGGCCGAAGUGCUGGUGGGGCACUGUGCUGCCCUCUGCUCCCGGGUGCUCUCCCUGCCUCUCUUCCCAUAGCCCUGCCCCAACCCUGGCCGGGCCCACUCCAAGGCCUCAGGGCUGUUCCAGAGUGGCAGGGCCAUUUUGACACCAAGGACCCCGGGGCUUGAGGGCCACAGAAGAAAGUAUCUGGGGGGGGCUGCUGGGCCCUCUUGCCCUCCCAAAGGCCCCAGUCCAGCCCACAGCUGCCCCAGGACUCUAGCCAUGGAGGAGCAACAACAGCUGCCCAUACACACACAUGCGCACCCAGGGAGGUGGAGUGGGCCCAAACCCACCCCAACCUCCCCACCCCUCCAGCUCUCUCUCUUUCUGCCAUCUAGAAGAGGAGAGAACUGGCUGGCUCCUGGCUUUAGACAAAUCCCAAGAAAACCUGAGACUAAGCCCCUGUCCUCUUACUCUCACCCCCCCCCAUUUAACAAAUUCCAGUCUAGUUCUUGAGCCUGCUGACACCUUUUGGCAGUGCCUACCUGCCUCAUUUGGCCUGAGCAGUGGAAGCCGGUGACCUGGGGUCAGGCGUAGUCAUCUCCCCUCCAGGUAGACACUAUGGCCCCUUCUACAGAGGAGGAAACAGGCUCAAAGCGGAAACACCAUUGCCUCGAGGUCGAGGGACAAGCUGCAAGGGCCAGCUUUCUGCUUUUAUUGAGUCUUACAUGCCCACUCAGCUUCUAGGACCCGCUCACCUCCCUGCCCUCCUUCCUUCAUAUGUGGCCCGGAGACAUGUGAACACCCCCUUCCCCUGCAUCUUGCAUCUUCUCCAAGCUCCAGUGUUUUGGGCUCUGGCACACCUAACUAGCAUUGGCAGAGGAGAGUGUACUCUCCCUUCCCGAUUCAGGGAGGCUGCUUAAAGAACUCCCGCCACUUCACAGCACAGGAGCUGUGGACAGCUCCACAAGCAUCCCUCAUACAAUAAAGGCUUAUGGACUAGUGAAA